AAUAAAUUCUUUGAUAAAUUUUCAAAGCAAUUUAAACAGAAUUGUAGUUAAUAUAUUCAUCCGCUAGCUAGCUCAGCAGCGUUUCCAACAUGGCUGACAAAACCGAGCUGAGAUUGAGUGAAGUGAAGUUGGGAGGUCUCGGCCGAUGGAUAUCCUCCUGUAACUUCUCACCAGGUGGCAUUGGACGUGCAAUUGUCCGAGGUAGGGAAAGAUACUUCAACAAGUACAUCAAUGUGAGGAAGACCAAUGUCGCUCCGGUUGGCCAAUUUGUCGCAAUGGUUAUAAUAAUGAGCUAUGUUUGGCGCUACAAAGGAGAAAAGCACCAUCGCCUAAGGAAGCACCACUGGUAGUCUGGUAACCCAUGUGCAUUGUGUGGAGGAGAUGCUGUGAUUUUGAGAUUCAUGUCGGUACACCGCCUACAGAGAAACGACAUGUUCAAGACUAGAGAGUUUAAUUAAGAAGUCUAGAAGUUUUAUUGAAAAGAAAACUGUUUAUGUUCAGAAGAUUAUUUGCUUUCG